CCGCCACGGUCUAUAUUCACCAGGCGCGCCGAUACCUCGCAUAAGCUACUCUCCUUUCCAUCCUUUUCCGCUGCUCAACUUGUCAACGACCGACCAUGACGACCACGAUGUAUAGCGGCGAGAAUGGAGCGCUUUCACCUCGUUCGUUCGCCCAGCAGCACCAACGACCUCGAGAAAGCUUCAAGGGAUGCUCUCGCAUUGACGACUACGAGCUCUUGGGGAAGCUAGGUGAAGGAACCUUUGGUGAGGUUUACAAGGCAAGAUCACGCAAGUCCGGCGCCUUAGUGGCGUUAAAAAAGAUUAUUAUGCACAACGAGAAAGACGGGUUUCCCAUCACCGCUCUUCGCGAGAUUAGACUUCUAAAACUCUUGAAACAUGAGAAUGUGCUACGCCUGGAAGAUAUGGCCGUCGAGCACCAUUCUAAGAUGAUUGACAAACGAAAACGACCAAUCAUUUACAUGGCAACUCCAUAUAUGGACCAUGACCUGUCUGGCCUUCUUGACAACCCUGCUGUAAAUUUUACCAUACCACAAAUCAAAUGCUACAUGCUUCAGCUUCUUCAAGGCCUCCGGUACAUUCACCAAAGCAAAAUUCUCCAUCGCGAUAUGAAGGCCGCCAAUCUUCUGAUCAGCAACAAGGGUAUACUUCAAAUAGCCGAUUUUGGUCUCGCAAGAAAUUAUGAUGGAAGCGUGCCUCAGGCUGGGCAAGGGGGUGGAGAGAGCAAGAGAGAAUACACGAGCUUGGUAGUCACAAGGUGGUACCGCCCCCCCGAGCUGCUGCUCCAUCUCAAGAGAUAUACCACUGCAAUUGACAUGUGGGGUGUAGGGUGUGUCUUUGGGGAGAUGUUAGUCGGCAAACCAAUUCUGGCUGGCGAAAGUGAUGGACAUCAACUUGAGAUUAUAUUUGAUCUCGUCGGAUCGCCGAAUGAAGAGAAUAUGCCUGGGUGGAAACAGUUGCCUGGCGCGGAAUCACUAACCCCACGACCGAGACCGGAGUCAUUGUCAUCAAAAUUCCGUUCCCAUGGUGCUGCCGCCGUAUCCUUGUUGAAGCAGCUGUUACAACUCAAUUGGCGGACUCGUAUCAAUGCGAUUGACGCUUUGGAGCAUCCUUAUUUUAAAUCCGACCCUCUUCCAGCGCGACCUGAGGACAUUCCAACUUUCGAAGACAGUCAUGAAUUAGAUCGUAGAAAGUUCCAUGACCGGAAGGCGGCACUUCCUCCAGCUCCCAAAGGAGGCACAGUUGGGGGUGCUUUUGAUGGGCCUAACGUCGGUUUCGCCACCGGAGAUGGAUACGGCAACAGAGCGAAUGGGAGACAUGGCGGACACAGAAAUGGCGGUGAUGGUGGCCGCCGGCCGGCUUGGGCAAGGGAACAGCCCCGCCAUGAACACCGGUUGCCACCUCGUCCACCGCCCCCCGAAAAUCCUCCGAAUGGAUGGGAUGGAGUGAAGGAUCAGCAUGACGCUUAUAAUAGAGACCGAGCGCCGAGGAAUCGUGGCGGCGGCAAUCGACCAGACGUUGACACUUAUAUCCCCAGUUACCGUGGUGCGAGAGAUGAGCGGCCUCCAAGAGAUGACCGACGAAGGAGGGAUGAUCGAGAUGAUAGACGACAUGACUGGGACCGCCGGGAUAGGGAUUACGAGGAUCGAAGCAGAGCCAGUCGAACACGUAGCCGUAGUCGGUCGCCAAGAGAUCGUGAACGUGAGAGGGAGGUGUACCGUCGAUAGGGCGAUGAACGACCUUCAAAGGAUGAUUGUCGAAGGAGGGACGAUGGUGAUAGGGAUUAUGAUGA